CUCCUCCUUCUCCCCGGGAGCACGCGCUAGACGUUUGGGUCCUCUGCUCACCUGCUAGAGGAACUCGCUAUCCCCUCAUACUAGCACAGCACCGGGGAGAGAAUAGGACUGGGUUGUGAUAAUCACGCAGGACGCUCUUUGUCUCGCUCUCUCCGCAGCUACGCUGUCUCGCGCCUGUCGCAACCCUGCGGUUGGGCACCGAUCGCGCGUGUGCAGAACGUAGAAAUUGUCGCACGCCCGGAAUGAAAUUAAAACAUCGAUGGUUGGUUGGUGACGUUUCUGCUUCCUAAAUUUGGAUUAUUCGGGAUUCCUGGAUUCCUUUUUUUUAUAACACUCGCGAAUCCCAGGAAUAUCGAACCAGACGUGGCAGAGCGAGCCCAUAGCAACCGAUUCCCACCGUGAAGACACAUCCGCUGUUAAUCCACAGUCCAAGACAAAUCAAUGUCCUAGUAUUCAUCUAUUCUACUUAAACAUAUACUGUCUGACGGAGAACAAUGUCCUAGGCUACAACGGUUGAUUAUAGAAUUAACCUACAAUUUCUCCAUUUAGUCUACAAGGAAGUUGCCUGUCAUGUGGACGUGGGAUGCACUCUAGAGUAGUGUAUUGAUAGGUUAGAAAAUAGCCUACACCGUUUCUUCAGCAUCACGCUACAAUAGACCGGUCAGAUGAUGAUGAUGAUGAUGAUGAUGCUACAGUAAAAUGCCGGUGUGACGUUGCUGGAUCCCGUUUCUCUCUCUAUACGCACCUCAUCAUCACCGCCCAGCCCCAGCGGCGGACAGACAGACGGACAGACAGACCUUCGGAAGAGGGCUGGACCGCUAUUGGCUACAGUAAAACCGCCAACCGAACAUGCUCACGUAGCAGCAGCAGGAGCAGCAUCAGUGGGUUAACAAGGAACCGGUAAUCGCUAGGCUACAGACCAUGCCCGGUGUAACCUAUUAUAAGGGGAUGUUGACUGACUGACGAGUUGUGAUUAUCGUGAAUAGAUAAGACGGUUAGGCUGCUACCAGGAUCCCUUUUCAUUCUACCACAUGCUGAUGACGACAAUGGAAUAAAAGAUUCGGUAACCGGGAGAAAAUAACUGUGAAUCUGUGUGAAUCCAUAGUUAACGGUAACCGCGAUGUCUCUCAACAAGACUAUCGAGCUGGAACAUUUCGAUGAACGGGACAAGGCUCGCCGUAGCCGGUCCACUCGCUCCACUGGUGCUUCUACCGGCGGGGGAUCCGGUUCGAGAGGCAGCAGCCUGGUGCCAAGCCCCGCGCACAGCGCCAACUGCAGCUACUACCGCACGCGCACUCUGCAGACUCUCACCUCAGAGAAACGUGCCAAGAAGGUCAGGUUCUACCGGAAUGGGGACAGGUAUUUCAAGGGACUCGUGUAUGCGGUCUCUAACGACAGGUUCCGGUCAUAUGAUGCGCUGCUGAUGGAGCUGACCCGGUCCCUGGCGGACAACCUGCACCUGCCUCAGGGCGUGCGCGCCAUCUAUACGGUGGACGGGAUCAAGAAGAUCACUUCUAUGGAUGAACUGGCAGAGGGUGACUGUUACGUGUGUGCGUCCAACGAGCCCUAUCGUAAACUGGACUACACCAAGAUCAACAACCCAAACUGGAAGCCCGGUGUUACCGCUGGCACCUCUAGCGGUUCCCCUACUGCCCCUGGGACGCGGUCUGGGUCGGGCCCGGGCCCGGGUCCGGCAGGUCAACAGCUGGUCAGAGAGAGUAAUGACUUUAUAAAACCUAAGCUGGUCACGGUGAUUCGUAGUGGAGUGAAGCCUAGGAAAGCAGUCAGGAUUUUAUUGAACAAGAAGACGGCGCAUUCCUUCGACCAGGUUCUGGAGGAUAUCACCGAAGCCAUCAAACUGGACUCUGGUGCCGUCAAGAGGCUUUAUACACUGGACGGGAAACAGGUGACCAGCCUGCAGGACUUCUUCGGUGAUGAUGACGUGUUCAUGGCGUGUGGUCUGGAGAAGUUCCGUUACGCUCAGGACGACUACGCCAUCACACACAGCGGGAAGGCUGCCUCCGCGUUCGUCAACGACUCUAGGUUGAAAAUGUCUCGUUCCUCCACUCCUCUGAAGCCGUCGUCUCCCAAACCUUCCAGCGUGACCACGCCCAAAACCCCGCCCAAAACCCCGCCCAGAACCAAAUCACCUGGCCCAGCCACUGAGGGGACAGGAAUUCAGGUAGGUGUGGCUAAGUCGGCGAGGUCAUGCCCCUCUCCUACCAGCCCGGGGACCCGACGCAACCUCAAGAUUUCUCCUCAUCCUGCCUCGUCAAAUGUGAACGGAGCAGCGAACCAGACAGAUGAUCUGAGCCCUGAAGUGAAUGGGAACAGGUCAGUCUCCUCCUCCAUCAUCAGUGACAAGUACAAGGUGGGGAAGAUCAUAGGAGACGGGAACUUUGCAGUUGUUAAGGAUUGUGUGGAGAGGUCGACUGGACAGGAGUUUGCUCUGAAGAUUAUCGACAAAGCUCGUUGCUGUGGGAAGGAGCACCUGAUAGAGAACGAGGUUGCGGUCUUGAAGAGGGUCAGGCACCCCAGCAUUAUACAGCUGAUUGAGGUCGACGACACGCCCACAGAACUCUACCUGGUCAUGGAAUUGGUCAAGGGUGGAGAUCUGUUUGACGCCAUCACAUGUUCUACUAAGUACACAGAGAGAGAUGCCAGCGCCAUGGUCUUCAACCUGGCCGGGGCUAUUCAAUACCUACACCGUAUGGACAUAGUCCACAGAGACAUCAAGCCUGAAAACCUGCUGGUGUGUGAGUACCUGGAUGGGACCAAGUCGUUGAAGCUGGGGGAUUUUGGCCUGGCUACAGUCGUAGAGGGACCUCUGUAUACAGUCUGCGGGACACCCACAUAUGUGGCUCCAGAGAUCAUCGCUGAGACCCAAGAGGGUAUGCUGAUUGGUCAGAUGCUGCAGGUGAACGCGGACAUUCGUUAUUCAGCAGAGGAGGUUCUCUCACACCCCUGGGUUACGGACGAGGCCACUCUGGAGGGCAGAAACGUGAACACAGAGACGUUAUCGUCAGCUACGGUGACCCCUGACCUUCCAGUGACCCCUACAACCCCGACCUUUGCCCCUAUGACCCCGGCAGCACAGAGUAGCCCCGUCCACAACAACACUACUAAUCCCAACACUAAAUCUGUUACCUCUGCUGAGGACACAUCCCAUUUCAGCACCUAGGCCCUGGGAUGGGCAACUUUGAUGGGGGUGGGAGCCACCAACAAUCUGAACUCAUCAUGAGGGGCAGCGGUGGCUCGUGGGCGGAGUGAAGAUUUAGUAAUUUUAUAACUCAUUUCCUGCAAUUCUACACAUUUUGCCAUGUGGGUGGAGAGAAAUGUUUGCCGUUUUUAAUAUGAUAUCUGAAUGAGAGUGACAAACAAAAUCAAUGGGAGCCCAUGAUUACACCAUGAUUCCUACCAGUUCAGAUAGCUGGCUAGACUAAUGAACAUAAUUAGACCAUGAUUCCUACCAGUUCAGAUAGCUGGCUAGACUAAUUAACAUAAUUAGACCAUGAUUCCUACCAGUUCAGAUAGCUGGCUAGACUAAUUAACAUAAUUAGACCAUGAUUCCUACCAGUUCAGAUAGCUGGCUAGACUAAUUAACAUAAUUAGACCAUGAUUCCUGCCAGUUCAGAUAGCUGGCUAGACUAAUUAACAUAAUUAGACCAUGAUUCCUACCAGUUUAGAUAGCUGGCUAGACUAAUUAACAUAAUUACACCAUGAUCCCUACCAGUUCAGAUAGCUGGCUAAACUAAUUAACAUAAUUAGACCAAGUAACCAAUCUAAAAACAUGUAGCUGACAUGGGCCAAUCGGGUGACUGUCAGUGACUGACAUAACAAGAGAAAAAACUGCUGAUGCACAACCUGACUUCACCUUGUGUAUUCUACUAUUCUACCUAGCAACAGUAAGUUGUGAGCCCGACUGAGUUCCAAAAAAUUAAAUGGAUACGCGGGCUUAGAAAAGAGUUCCCUUCCCUGGGCUCUUCUCUUAUAGGCGAGAAGAGAGAGGACCAAACAGAGCCCUCGACCCUGCGCCCUGCCCUAUUGGGUGUGGAGAUCUGAGAGGAUUUGAUUGGCGUUAGCAAUAUGGUGAAACUUCCACCUCGCCUAUCAGAGGGCAAGGUGUAAGCUAUUAGCAUAUUGCUAACGCCUAUCAAAUCCAGAUCUCCACAAGUGCGUUGUGAGUCCAUUUAGGAUGUGGGCCAUUUUCCAUUUCAGUCCCUAGCUCCUUCUCCUAGCUGAGGAGACGAGAGCUGGAGAAGGGGUUGAUAGGACAGAAGUGUGGACUGUAUUAUACCAACAACCUCAGAUAAAAUACUGCACAGUACCCCUCCAAAACAUAUAUCUAUCUCUCUUUCUUUCUCUCUCCCGCUCUCUCUCCUAACUUUCUUUCUCUUUCUGGUCUCAGUCCUCUCUAACUCAUAUGUAGCUCAUCUUUCCCUCCCCUUUGGAGAUGUGGAGAAUGGAGUAUACUGUGGAGAAUAGAGUAUACUGUGGAGAAUAGAGUAUACUGUGGAUAAUAGAGUAUACUAUGGAGAAUAUAGUAUACUGUGGAGAAUAUAGUAUACUGUGGAGAAUAUAGUAUACUGUGGAGAAUAGAGUAUACUGUGGAGAAUAGAGUAUACU